AACUUAUUUCUUCAUGAGACCUGUAAAAGCGUGAUUGUUUCACUAGUCCCGACUUUCUUAUUCUACGCUAAAGUGAUAUUUUGUGUGGACUAUUUCGUUUCAACCCUCGUCAAGCAAUACCAUGUAUUGAAUAUUAAAAAACAUUUCAAAUAUCUGCUUUUCUGUAUUGAAUAUAAAAAUAUUUCAAAUAUCUGACCUUUCUUUUCUAUGUUUCAGGCCCUCGAUACCUUCAACACUGCCAUUGUCUCCCCUAUAUACUAUGUUACGUUCACCACACUUACAAUUGCAGCCCGUGUAAUCAUGUUUAAGGACUGGGACGACCAGAAUGUGGGGAGCAUUAUAUCAGGAAUAUGUGGCUUUAUCAUUGUUCUAUCUGGAACAGUGUUAUUACAUACUUCCAAAGAGAUGGAAAGAAGUUCAUCUUUUAAAGGUAAGUACACGCCUUUAUCCCCUACAUUAUCAACCCGACUAUGUAGUACAAACAGGGUAGUACUGAAGCAUGAAGAGGAAGUUGAACCAUGUUCUGAGGAAGUCGGUGCAAGAAGAUUAGAGCUCCACGCGUAACAUGAGUUCCUUAGGAUCGGUAGUGAAAUCAACCUUCGCAGUUAAAAAUGGCUACUUGUAAGUGAUUUAUCCAUCAUUCUUUGCUAUGGAAACUGUUCAUUUUCUGGUA